GUUAUUAUUUUCUAUUAGUCAAAUUCUGUCAGUAAACCAUCGUAAAAAGAAUGUGUAUCACUCCAGUAAAUAUAAAACCUACCAGACAUCAGUGGAAAAGUAUCAGUCAUCAACUCAUCCUUUGUUCAAGAACAUAAUCUUAAACAAUAUGAAGGUCUUAUUAAUCAUCGCCGCUUUAAUUGCAGCUGUUGUUGCUGAUAAAACACCCUAUUAUCAGCAGCCAAGCUACUAUCAAGAAUACAAACCGGAGUACAAGCCAGAAUACAAGCCGGAGUACAAGCCGGAGUAUAAGCCCGAAUACAAGCCGGAGUACAAACCAGACUACAAGCCGGAAUAUCCAACUCAAAAACCGUACUACGCCGAACCUUCUUACAAGCCCACUUACCCAGAAUAUAAACCAGCUUAUACCGAGCACAAACCGGCUUACCAUGGACCAACGUAUGCCCACCCAGCCCCAGCCUACAAACCCGCAUACAAGCCUGCGUAUCCGGAAUACAAACCGACUUACUCGUCUCCACCACAGUAUCCUUCCUACGCCCCAACAUAUCCAGUAAAAUAUUAACAAAGUCUAAGUUAAUAGUUGAUCUUGUAAAAAUACCGGCAAAACAAAUCCAUAUUUUGUGUUUUAGUAUAUGUUAAAAUGUUGAUAAACGAAUUCGUAUAACUGACAAUAAACUGUUUGUAAAAUAAA